GUUACAAUUUGGCGCUUUUUUCUUCUUCUUUCCCACCAAAAUAACUGUCAUUUCAGGAUUGAGAGAAAGAGAAGCGGAGAAGAAGGAACUCGUUCCGCUCUCUCUCCCUCUCCCCUUUCUUUCCUCCCAUCACCCUUUCCAUUUCUCUCAGAUCAAUUACCCAAUUCACAACUCUAAACCUAAUCCCGAUUGUUCACAACAACAUCAGAAACUCGUUUGAUUUAUUCUUUCCCUGAUUUUUGUGUCCUCAAAUUCAAACGUUGCUGCAAUAGCUGUGCACGGAUAACUAUGCAGGUGUACGAUGAAAGCGGUAAUAGUACGCCAAUGGUUACAUUCCAGCGGAACGGGUCGUUGUCCUGCCCGGUUCAAUUUUUGUGCCGUGAAAGCUCCAAUGGCUUCUCCUACAACAAGAUUCCCCCGCGCCCGCUCAAGCUGACCGUUCUCAAGCUGGAUGGAUCCUCUUUCGAGAUUGAAGUGCCCAGAAAUGGGACGGUGGCGGAUCUGAAGAAGGCUGUGGAGGCGGCUUUUAGCCGUUUACCUUGCAGGGUUUCAUGGUAUGGACUAUCAAGGCAACACGUGUGGGGACAUUUCUGUUUGAGCCAUGAUUAUGAGAAGCUAUUAUCUGAUGCUGAUCAUAUAGGACUUCAUGGAAUCAGGGAUGGCGAUCAGCUUGAAUUUGUGCGACACGUGUCAGUUUCUUACUUGGGAAAGCGACAAGAAAGAGAAGAAAUUGAACCCUGUCUGUUGCAGAACUAUGAGAACAGAUUGCAAAGGAAAGGUAGUAUCUCAAGGUUCUUCUCAGGCAACUCUAGAAAUACAAAGUCCCUAAACCGAUAUAACAGCUAUGGUACUCAAAAAGUAGUUGCAUGUGAUUUUGAAACUCGAAGCUUGUAAUGCUGCAAUGAAAUGAAACAUAGGAUUGAAACAACUAAUGCAUGACGCUGCUUGUGGUGAUUGAAUCAAGACGGGGUUGCUGAUGAUGAUGAUCAACCUUUCCUUUUGUUUACUCAAGAGGUUUCAUAUGUAAAGAGAUCUAAAGGGGAACCCGUGACCCUUGUUAGGCAAAGCACUGAAUGCUACUAUUCAAGUUGUAUUUCAGUAACUUAUUUUGGGAUCUUACAUUAUACUACAGAGUAAUAAUAACAGAAUAAACUGCAAGAAGUUACUUCACCAAAUUCUC